CCGACUGUGUUCCGGUUUUGCGCCGAGCUCUUCAUUCCGAUAUAUUCUGUGUUGCCGAAGUUUCGAACCAAACAUAUCGGUUUUUACUUCAAAACAAGCCUGGUUUUAGGUGAAAGUCACGCAGAUUGAUAAGAAGGACGUACUACGUGUUUGGUGAUGUUUUGGAGGCGUUAGAUUAAAAGAUCUUGACUGAAUUGAACGCCGAAAGGAGACUUUUAAAGCCAUUUUGUACUCGGAUCAAACGUAAUGUGUUUUGUUGACUAACAUUCGACGCAUUCAACCCUGCAAGAAGAUCGUGAUUUCAGCUACCGAGUUUAUCGCAUUUCUGUGGACAUUUUUGGAUAUUUAAAGUGCUUAAUAAUUCAUCGAAAGUUGGCAUUUUAAUAAUAGCUUGCACGCUAUUGCUUUUAUAGAAGGGAGUAUAUUUUGUUUAACAGGUCGAAGUUACAAAUAAAGGCUGUGUAAUAUAAAGAGUUGGAGUACAUUACUUUUGUAUCAUAUUAUGAUAUAAAGACCCAAGGAUUGUCUUCAUGAUAACUUGGAGGACACGAUAACGCUUUGUACAGCUGAUAAUUUCGACCAUAUUUUGUUUAAUCGCAAAGAUUACUGGAACGAUUUAGCAAGAGCGUUCGCCUUUUAACUUCUUGGUCUAUCCAUAUCUUGUGACAGUGUGGGUGAAUUUUGCCUCGUAAAUCGUCUGGAUUCGUUUCUAUAGGAAAGGAAAAACAGCAUCCAGUUUGUGGAUAGUGAGAAGUGUAACUUCUACAAUAUAUUAUUAAACAAUUAUCGUGAGUUUACAACGAGAACUUCAUCUGGGACAAUAAUUAGUAGCGCUUCUACUACAAUUAUGUUUACGUAAUAUGACCGAUCGAUUCGAUUUCGAAGACCGUAAAAUGUCUGUGAGCUUUAUUUCAUCUUGAAUUUCGUCGUUUUUAAUACUGGAUUUUACCAAGAAAGUACAAGAUUAUUAACGCCGAAUUAUGGCAUUUCGAGGCCAAAGAUGCUCCAAAAGUAUCACAGUUCAAAAAGAAGGUUAUUUGCACAUUAAGAAGAAUGUGUCUGUUUUGAAGCCCAAGGAAAAGUCAUGGCAGCAGAAAUAUGUUGUCUUGCGCAAGUCAUAUGGAGAUGGAAUUUGCUUAGAAUGGUAUGAAAGUUAUGAAGCAUUCAUAUCACACAAAAAUACAACAAAAAGAAAACUUGACGGAAUUGAUUAUAUUGGACCAGUUGACAUGGGUAAAGACUAUACCUAUGCAUUUAUUUUGUUUGGUGGUGGACAAAGCCAGCUUCAGAUGGCUGCGAAGAAUGAGAAUGAACGUUGUGAAUGGGUGAAAGCCCUAAAUCAAUGCUUGCAAAAUGGUAAGAAGUCAAACCCAACUGCACCACCAUCAACACACGAGAGCAGCAGCAGCAAGAAUGUAUUUCCAGUUAAACUAAAAGACUACAUGUGUUGUGCUGGUCAAGACAACUUCAAAAACCUUAGUCAUGAUUUUACCAUGAUUGUGGGUCCAGAAGUAAUUGCACUCAUAACAGUUGAUACUCGAGGUGAACAGAAAAUUGUAGCAAGUUGGUUGUUAGAAAACAUCAAGAGUUAUGAGAGUCGACCUUUAGAACAGAACCCUUCGCAAAAAUUGCUGUCCAUUGAUACAGGCAGGCGAAGUUCCACUGGUCAAGGGACAUUCAAUUUCUAUACGCCUUACGGCGAUCAAAUAAAGAACCUAAUUAGCCAAAAUACGAAACGAACGUAUCUUAGGAAAAUGAGCUCACAAGACAGCUUUCAUGUCGAGAACGAUUUGUAUAGCUCAAGUCCUGAGUCUUCUCGAGGUUAUUUCUCCCCCAACCAGAGAUCGCAUAGUGCACCCGUACCAAAUACCCGACGACCAACGUUCCCAUCAAGGGAGGGCUCAAUACCAUUCCACAAGUAUGACCCGCCCACGAACUACGCACAUUAUAUCGAACAAAAAGAUGGAUACGUUGAUAUAUUUACUGACCCUAGAAAGGUCGAAGAAAAUCGCAUGAGACUCAACUCACGUUCAAGUCUCAGUUCGGCAAGAUCGCCAAAAUCUAACGAUACUCCUUUUGGAUUAUACGAUCCUUCAGAAAGCCACGAGGGCUAUAUUUCGGUGCUGCCAGACUCUGAAUCGGCCAGCGGUUAUAUUGAUGUGUUACCGGACACUAUACCGGAACACAACGAUCAUACCUAUUUAGACGUUUUGAAUGAAGAAGAAAGCAGUCAACAUUAUAUUGAUGUAAUAGGUGACGGCGACUUGGGGGCUACGGGCACCAACGUUUCUGGUGAUCCAUCAUAUAUAGAAGUCUUACCAGACGACGAAUCGACCUCUAAGUCAACUAAUAGGUCUAUAUCACGCGGUGAUUCCGACGAGAUCUACAUCGAUGUUGAUGAAAAUCGAAAAAAAUUUGAAUUACGUGAGCAGCAUUUCGAGUCCCAUGAUCAGGGUUUAGUGACACGUGAACAACAAUUAGACUCACGUGAAGAAAAUGGGGAUACUCGUCACGAGUCAUCUAAAGAAAAUGUUUCGCAAACUCAUGAUUCGCCACAACCUGAAGUUCACGUGACAUGCCAUAAUGAUUCACGUGAUGUCUGUCACGAGCUGCGGCAAACACGCGAGAGCACAGCAAGUGUAAAUUCCCCGUCUCCAAGAUGGCCACAAAGUGUGACCUCACAGACAAGCACAGACUACAGUAGUCUAAGCAGUGAGUGUGAUGUUUUUCAAGAACGAGAGAACGGUAUUGUUGUUGAGGUCUUCACAGAAGAAUCAACGAAAUCUGAUGGUCUGCCGACAAACCCCGAUGCCAUUCCGUCAACUGUAGUAGUCGCUUCGGGAAAUUCCGAUACACUGCCGUCUAAUGAGGUUUCCCCCAAGUCGGACGACGAUUCUCUAAUGUCAAAAGAUUACUUAGCUUUAAAUCCACCUGUUCCUCCAGCAAAAUCUGCCUUAGUUGCCUCAAAAUCCGCCACUCUUCCGACAAAGACCGAGGGGCUCCCGACGGACAGCGAUGUCAACGAAAGUAGGACGAGAGCAAGAAGUUGGCAUAGUGAUGAAGCAAACAAUUUAGUUGAUAAUUCUGGCGAUUCGUCGUCUACUUCCGAAAGCGAACACAUGCGUGAUUUUAGCGACGACGAUACGUCGGACCAUAGCGAAGUCUCUCCGAAGAACCUUUCCUCAUCUGAGAAGCGAGACCGUAGUCACACCGAAGGAGAUUUGAUUCUAAACCCGAACCUCGCGGGGAUGGACCCUGCUUUGUUACGAGCCUUUCAGCAGUCCUUAACCAACCCUCAAGCAUUAACGCCAACCUCUAAUAGACACCCACCUCUAACGAGAGAGAUCCCCUAUAACCAAGACCAAAUAAUUUUUCAACUCGAGAAUCCAAUACAAGGGGUUAGUCAGCUUCCAAGAUCGGAGAAAAAGAACAGCAGUGCAGUUGAAGUGAAGUAUAUUUGCUCGAACUGCGGUUGGCAUAAGCGUUCAAAAAAACGAUCCUCGUUGAGACCGAGUCUUCGAAGUAAGGUUUGUCCCCAGUGUAAUAAUCCCGUGACCAAACAGGAUGCAAAGAGCCCUAAAAGCAAGGAAAAAAUGGGGCUUUUUGAUAUAAUCAGAGGAAAAAGACGAAGUUUGGAGGGGAAAAUAGAUAAAAAGGACUUGAAUUUCAUAAAGCCUGAGCGUCCUUCGACAACGCCCGAACCUUCUUUUUUGAAGAGUUUUCGGACUACCGCGUCUGAGUUAGGCCUUCAUAGCCCUAAGAUGGAUCCUAAGCGAAGUGGUCUUGGCAUAGCCCCUUCCCCCCUACGGGCAAUAGCCGCUGUUUCAAUUGAGGGAGAAGAACGAAGUUACGAUGAUGGCAUAUCCGGGAAGAACCCAUUAGCGACGAGUCUUAGCGAUAGUGGUCUGUCCGAAGGUGUGGCCUCCCAAAACAGGACUGUUUCCUUAACUUCAACAAAAACGCCUUCCGCGCAAGAGUGUAACCCUCUAGAGAGGUCAAAGUCUUCCCCACCUCUAAUUUGUGGAAACGAGACAGGCCAGGAUACCUUGACCGCUGAUGCACAGGAUUGUGAGAAAGUUCCUCGUAAGAAUUCUGGAUUGACUUUACCGACAUUACCUGAAGUUGAGGAUCAAGCAUCUUCAGACCAGCCAUCCUGUCACACCCCGGGCACACCCCCACCGAUGAUUCCGCCCAGAACGCGCGCUCCACCCAUACCCCCACGUCAAAGAAACAGUCCAUUGGGUAUCCCAACCGAGGAAAACUUACAUAAAUUACGUCGAAGUCAAACGGACCCUGCUUUCUCGCAGAUGGUCUCAUCACGACAGCCGAAAGCAAAAUAUCGUGUCUCUCGCACUAUGACAGAUCCUGGGAACGAUUCCAGUGGUUCCAGCGAGAAUAUUCGUAACGCUGUAUCACUUGAAGACCUUCAGGAGGAUUGUAAUGAGGAACUCGCAAUGAGAAAGAUAGUCUCUCUGUCGCUAGGUGAUGGUUUAGAUAACGAUGCUCCACCUCCACCGUUGCCACCAAGACGAACGUCCGUCCAGCCACAGACCUCCCCAAAAAGAGCGUCAAACGAAAAUGAAAGAUUGUUUGGUAGCCCUGAUUCACCGAGAGUCGAGCCCCGUCAAUCAAGUGAGGGCACUCAACGCACGCUUCCGAACGUGGUGGCUCUUCAGAAUGGAAGUCCAAAACCACCUCUUGCAGCAAAGCGAAGCUUGGACAUGAAACGAGCGGACUUUCAAGCCAGAAAACCAAUCUAUAGUACACACGUAGGCGAGUAAUAAACGUAUCCCGAGUAUUCAUUUUAGAUCGGGAUUAAUGUGUUAAUAAUAUAGGGAUGGGGCGAUAAUCAAUCCAAUAAUUUUAGAUCACAUUGGAUCCCUUGGGAAUAUUCUCUUGCAAGUCACCCUUUUAUAUCAAACCAUUCUUACUAUAUCAAACAAAUGCACUUUCCCAUGCAACUGAAAAUGUAGUUCACAGCACCUCUUCUUCUAAAUAUUUACACACAUACGGUUAUCCCUGUAAUAAGGUUUUGAAUAUUAUUAAGAAAUGUGUGUGCUGUCGUGAACUAUAAUACAACUUAUUUUGAGCAAAAACGAUUAAAGUUGUUUCCUAUGUAGAAACAAUGUCGCUACCGGUGUUUCGCCAAAGGCUCGAAAUUUCUUCACCGAAUAGUGAUAGGUUCAGUUUGUUAUAGAACCCGACGUUUCGGAUCAGGUAUUUCAGCUCAAAACUCAACUUUUUUAGCAGCAGGACUACAUUAGCGAUGUUAUUUGCUUCAUAAUCUGACGGCGAAUUUAAACUGCAAGUGGUUUGACUAAUGUUAGGAAAACUCGGGGUUGCUAUCCAGUUCAUUGAGAUCAGUGUUUUAAAAUUAUGAACGGAUCAAUCCCCCAACCAGUUCCUUCGCUAAACAAAAAGCUAUAUUUAAUGAGUUAAGUAUAAUGUAGUAAAAUUGUAUCAAUGUAAUUCCUAGAAUGCAAAGCCAAAUUUCAGUGAAAUGGCAACUAUUGAAUAGCAAAUAUGUACACGUGGUGUCCCAAAAAACUUACCUCAUACAGUCUUUUUUUUCCAUAUGUAGUGCAUAUCUCAGAUUAUUUUACUCCAUGCAUGUAAUACAACAACCUAUGCAAUCACUUUAUUUUUUGUUUUGUAUCAAAUUUUAACAGAAUGCUGACCAAAAUUCUGAUGUGUUGACCAUUUUCAAAAGCAUUUUCAUGUUAUUUUCCUAACUGACGUUAUUUUUCAAUAGAUUAUUAUAUAAAUCCGUCAAUUUAUGAAUGCAUGCAUGUGAGGAACGACAUACUUCAGCGAAUUUCAGAACCCUUGUCAGCUUGAAUUAUUCUAAUGAGCUCGAUCAAUUUAGUAUUGUAUCAAAAUAUAAACCUCCUUUAUCAUAACUAAAAUAAGUCUUACAAAAUAGCGCAAAAUGCGGUACAGUUUUUUGGGAAGCCCGGUAUAUAGUAUAUAGCUAUUAGUAAUUACUCUAGCUUGCAUGUCUAAGGUAUAGAGUUGUGUAGAAGCAAUAGUCAGCUAUAUUUGUAAUAAAUUAAGACCGAUGUUAUCAAUGCGAUUAUCAUGGUAAUAAUUGAUAUUGAAGGAUAUAGCCUUGAGAUUAUUACAAAGCCUGUUUUCUCUGAUCAAAACUGGAGGCGGAUGGUAAGCCCUGAUUCCACGGGCAAAAUUUUUAUACGCAAAAUGUAAAAUACUUCGCCUGCUCCUUUUGAGUUGUGAGCAAUCAAGCAGAAGUAAUUUACUCAAGUAGUCACAAUUCAGAAGAAAGAGGCGAAAUUUUUCGCACUUCGCCGAGAAAAAGCGCCCGUGGAAUCAGCCCCUUGGAACUAGCAGGCUCGGCCGCCUCGGCUAGUUACGAGAUCCGUCUCGAUAAGCGUGGGGUAUCUCUAUAUCCCGUUCCGGCCACUUGCCUCCGUAUUCUAACAUAUAAAAAUGUUUGUAAGAUACAAAAGCUUUUAUUGUGAC